AACAUCUCAAGAAAGAAUAAUCCAAAGAAGAGGAAGAAAAAUGGCCCUCCCCCAACGCACCGCAUCCAUAACCCGCAUCACCAACGAAACAAAGAUCCAAGUUUCCCUCUCCCUCGAUGGUGGCGUCCUGCUCCCCUACGAACCAACAACCCAUUUCCCCUCCCCGACAGAUCCCCAGGAAGCCGAAGCCGCGAAGAAGGGAAUCGUGCCGCCUAAGGAUGCGCAGCAUGCGACGCAAUUCACGGCUACGCAGCAGGUCACCGUGAGCACGGGGAUAGGGUUCCUAGAUCAUAUGCUGCAUGCAUUGGCGAAGCAUGCGGGGUGGAGUUUGGCUAUUAGAGCCAAGGGAGAUUUAUACAUCGACGACCACCACACAACAGAAGACACCUUCCUCGCGCUCGGAACGGCAUUCACCCACGCCCUCGGCGCAAGACAAUCCCUCGCGCGCUUCGGACGCGGCGACGCGCCCCUCGAUGAGGCCCUCUCAUGGGCCGUCAUCGAUAUCUCCAGCCGACCCUGGGCCGUGAUUAACCUGGGCUUCCGGCGGGAGAAGAUUGGCGGUUUGAGCACGGAGAUGAUCACGCAUGGGCUGCAUAGCUUCGCGCAUGCGGCGGGUGUCACUCUGCAUGUUGGUUGUACGUAUGGGGAUAACGAUCAUCAUCGCGCGGAGAGCGCGUUCAAGGCUCUCGCUGUGGCGUUAAGGACUGCUUGUGCUAGGAGAGUAACCGGGGAAGUUGGGGCGGGUGAUGUGGUUAGUACUAAGGGGGUUUUAUAA